AUGUUGGCGGAUCGGGGGCUGGACUGGACCAAGUCACCCUGGCGGGAGGACAGGGUAGGCACUGUGGCCGUCGGGGAGCUGGAAGUGGGCGGUGCGGAUUUUGCUCUCCCUGCGGUCCUCAGCGUCUGUUACGCCUUUACCGCGUCCCCGCACAGCGUGCUUUCGGGGCCAAGCUUAGGAGCACAGCUCGGCGUCCUGGCAGCCGUCUUCGCUGCAGGCGGCAGUGGGAAAGCCCCUGUGUGGGGCCCAGCUACGACCGUGUCCAGGCCGAUCCCUGGGGCUAAGAGUGGAGGCGAGAAGACAGUAAAAAUGGAAGCUCCACACUGUGAGCAGAGGAUCACAAAGGUCUCUCUAGCUGAGAUUCUGAGGUGUUUUGAGCAGCCUAUAAGUGAGGAGCAAGCUUGGGCUAUCUGCUUUCAGUGUUGCUGUAAAAUGGAGCAGUUGGCUCAGGGGCUGAGCCCAUCACUCCAUUCUGUAUUCAUAAAAGGUUCUGGAAGCAUCUUUCUCCAUGCUGAUGGUACUGCUUCAUUCAAGGUGUACCGCAAGUCUGACGUAGGCAACAGCAUUCAGCAGUCAGAGGACAAGCUGUUGGAGUACUUGGGAGUGGUGAUCUAUGAAGCCCUGGACUGGGGAAUUGACAAUAACUUGGAGCGAGAACUUAGUGAUCCUUUGGAGAAACUGCUGUGCCUCAUGUUGAAACUGGAUGAGAAAGCAAUGAAACCAGCUGACACCCUGCAGGAUGUUAUCAAGGCCUGUGAGGAGCACUUGUCCAGGCCUUCUGAGGCUAGCAGCCAUUAUGAAAUGACCUGUAGGAGCCUGUUUACUGAAUACAUGGAACUUCAGAAGCUUCAGACCAUCAUCCAGAGAUCCAAAGAGCAUCUGAGAAGAAUGGAUAUGGAAGAUUUGGUAAAAAAUCCCCUUCAGAAGAACAAAAAAUACGGCGUAACCCCACAGUCCAGCAUCAUCCGUGAACUGCAGAAAGGUGUGAAGCUGCGGAAGAGCACUGAGCGACCACGGCGCUGUGCACCUCCGCAAAAAUGUGUCCGCUCUCCCUAUGAGCUACUGCUGGAUGACAUUCAGCACAAGAGGUAUACCCUUCGGAAGGUGAUCAUCAAGCCAGACUGCAGGACCCCCAAAGCUGAUCUAGCCUCUCCCAAGCCUCAUCUAAAGCCUGUAGGUGACCUGGUGCUGAAGGAGACAGCAUGGGAGUCCAGCUGUCAUGAACAGCUCAUGGCAGAAAUAAAACAACCACAAGAACUUUGGUCAGCAGCAGCAAAAGAAAAUGGGAGCAGGCCCAGUGAAAUGCUUGUGACACCAAAUAUUGCCUUGAAAUCUCCAAGCAAGAGUUUAACUCUCCAAGAUGCCAACACUGUGUUUAAAACUGUUGCUACAACACAGCAGCUGGGACCAGGUGUUCAGGAAACCACUCCCAAACUGCAUUCCAGCACCUGGCUUGCCUCAGAUGGGUCAUCAGUAGUAUCCUGCAAAUGCUCAAGCCUUGCUGCAAAUUGCACAUCUCUUACCAUUAAACCUAAUGCUGGGCAACAGCAGCUGCCUCUGCACAAAGGAAGGUCCAAAUCUUUAGAGAGAGACCUUCAAAGCAAGGACCUUGACCAUCCCUUUCCUACCAAGUGGCUGUCUCCAACCAUUGCUGAGCUGAUUGGAACCAGAUAUUCAAUGAUAGUGCUGGAAGGGCAAGGCUUCCCCCAAGGAGGUAGUGAUGGUGUCUUUCCAAGAGCAAAGAUCUGUUUCAGCUGCUAUAAGCAGAUGUUUCUUAAGUGGCCUUACAGCUGUUACCUCUGCAGCAGUGUUGUCUGCUGUGAUUGCUGCAUAAAGGCAAGUGUACUUUUUACAACAGCAUACAGCGUGGCUGCUCGGGCGCCGAGCGAGGACGGGCUUAGAGCCCACGAAGCCCGACGCCACGCACGGUGCCUGCGAGGAGCGCUGCCGACAGGGCCCGGAUGGCCUGAGGUGGAGGCCCCGCCCGCCCGCGCUAGCGGCUCCCGCCGCUUCCAACGGCUCGCACGGGAUCUGGGCCCGCAGCCCCGCGGCAGCCAGGCAUCACCGAGCCGCUCCGGCAGGGGGCAGCUACGCGCCGCGCGGCCGGGGCUGGAAACGCGGCUGCGAAGCCCGGAGCAGGCGGCUGGCUGGUUGCGCGGGGAGCAGGUGGAAAGUGUGCGGUAA